AUGUCUUUCUAUGGGAUCGCGGGUCUAUUCAUUAGUUCCUAUUUGUGGUCCACAAUUUCGUGGAAUGUAGGUAGUGGUUAUGACCUAUUCGAUAGAAAAGAAGGAAUAAUGUGUAUUUUUCGUUGGGGAUUCCCCGGAAUAAAUCGCCGCAUCUUCCUUCGCUUCUUUAUGAAAGAUAUCCAAUCAAUCAGAAUGGAGGUUAAAGAGGGUCUUUUUCCUCGUCGUAUUCUUUAUAUGGAAAUCAGAGGCCAAGGAACCAUUCCCUUGACUCGUACUGAUGAGAAUUUGACUCCACGAGAAAUUGAGCAAAAAGCUGCCGAAUUGGCCUAUUUCUUGCGCGUACCAAUAGAAAUAAAAAAUGAAAAAAAAAAAGCAUUGACUUCCCUCCCAUAUCUUGCAUCUAUAGUAUUUUUGCCCUGGUGGGUCUCUCUCUCAUUUCAAAAAAGUAUGGAACCUUGGAUUAUUAAUUGGUGGAAUACUAGGCAAUCCGAAACUUUUUUGAAUAAUAUUCAGGAGAAAAAUGUUUUAGAAAAAUUCCUAGAAUUAGAAGAACUAUUCUUGUUGGACGAAAUGAUAAAAGAAUACCCGGAGACACAUAUACAAAAGCUUCGUAUAGGAAUACACAAGGAAACAAUACAAUUGGUCAAAACGCACAAUGAAUAUCAUCUCCAUAUCAUUUUGCAUUUGUCGACAAAUAUAAUCUGUUUCGCUAUUCUAAGUAGUUAUUUUAUUCUGGGUAAUGAAGAACUUGUCAUUCUGAAUUCUUGGAUUCAGGAAUUCUUCUAUAAUUUAAGUGACACAAUAAAAGCUUUUUCGAUUCUUUUAGUUACUGAUUUAUGGAUCGGAUUUCACUCGACCCAUGGUUGGGAACUAAUAAUUGGUUCGAUCUACAAUGAUUUUGGAUUGGCUCAUAACGAGCAAAUUAUAUCUGGUCUUGUUUCUACUUUUCCGGUUAUUCUAGAUACAAUUGUGAAAUAUUGGAUCUUCCGUUUUUUAAAUCGCGUAUCUCCUUCGCUUGUAGUCAUUUAUCAUUCAAUGAAUGAAUGA